AUUUUUUUGUGUUUCGUGUAUUUAUCUUUGGUAAAGUUCUUUUUUUCUCUUUGAUUUUAGCGUUGUACGUUUUCAAUUAAAUAAGAAAUAUGGGUCGUAUGCACGCUCCUGGUAAGGGCAUUUCGCAGUCUGCUUUACCGUAUCGGAGAAGUGUACCGACGUGGCUGAAAUUAACUCCUGAAGAUGUGAAAGACCAAAUUUUUAGGUUGGCCAAGAAAGGGUUAACCCCUUCGCAAAUAGGGGUGAUCCUGAGGGACUCGCACGGCGUUGCUCAGGUGCGCUUCGUCACGGGCAACAAGAUCCUGCGCAUCAUGAAGGCCAUGGGCCUGGCCCCCGACCUGCCGGAGGACCUCUACUACCUCAUCAAGAAGGCGGUGGCCAUCCGCAAGCACUUGGAGCGCAACAGGAAGGACAAGGACUCCAAGUUCCGCCUGAUCCUGGUGGAGUCCCGCAUCCACCGGCUGGCACGCUACUACAAGACCAAGACCAUCCUGCCGCCCACCUGGAAGUACGAGUCCAGCACGGCGUCUGCACUCGUGGCCUGAGCGAGCGUGUUCUUUUAAGCAAUACAGCCUCCAUACCUAGCUGUC